UAAUAUAAUGCAAUAUGUGGAGCGGCAAAGACUAGCUAGAAGGAAAGGAGUAAACAACGGCCCUUGAACAAAUUUGAGACCUCUAGUUUAUGUUUGUUGCAUGCAAAAUAUUGCCCAUCUCAAAUUCAAAACGUCAUUGUACACAAUACUAAAAGCCUUCUUUCAUUUCUAUCUUCUUUCACCACCAUUUUUUUUUUCUCAAUUCAGAAGCCAUGGCAUUACCACUUCUUUCAAUUUUCCUCUUCUCAUCUUUAGCCUUAUUUUCUCUAACAGAAUCCAAGCUCAAUGUUGACUACUACAAUAAAUCUUGUCCUCAAUUUGAAAAAAUCAUCCAGCAAAUUGUCGUCGACAAGCAACUUGCCGCGCCCACGACAGCAGCCGGCACCCUCCGCCUCUUCUUCCACGACUGCAUGGUGGGAGGAUGUGACGCCUCGUUACUUAUUUCCUCAAACUCCUUUGCCACGGCGGAACGCGACUCAGAUAUAAACCUCUCUCUGCCCGGGGACGCCUUUGACCUUAUUGCACGAGCAAAGACUGCCCUAGAACUCCAAUGCCCCGGCAUUGUUUCUUGUGCUGAUAUUUUAGCCGUUGCAACUCGAGACUUAAUCACCAUGGUUGGAGGUCCAUUUUAUAACAUUCGUCUCGGCCGAAAAGAUAGCUUUGAAUCAUACGCAAAAGAUGUUGAAGGCCAUAUUGCUAGGCCUAACAUGACAAUGGACACAAUAAUCAACAUGUUUGCAUCGAAAAAUCUAAACAUACAAGAAAUGGUGGCUUUAGUGGGUGCACAUACUAUUGGUUUCUCACAUUGUUCAGAGUUUAGCAAGAGAAUUUUCAAAUAUAGCAACACUUCAGAAAUUGAUCCUUCUAUGAAUCCUACAUUGGCACAAGCGUUACGAAAGCUAUGUGGGAAUAACUCGAAAGAUAUGGCGGCCUUCAAUGACGUGAUGACACCUGGCAAGUUCGACAACAUGUACUACAUAAACUUGCAAAAAGGUCUAGGGUUAUUGGCUUCAGAUCAAGCUAUGGUUUCAGAUCCUAGGACUAAGCCUUUUGUGGAGCUUUAUGCAAAGGAUCAAGAUGCAUUUUUUAAAGCAUUUGCUCAUGCAAUUGAGAAAGUAAGCGUUUAUCACGUUAAAACUGGGAAAAAGGGAGAGGUGAGACGCAGAUGUGAUGUUGUCAAUCAUUUACAAGUGAAUUCCAACAAGAAAACUGCUAGUUAGGAUCCAAUAGCAUGUUUUAGUCAUGUGAAGGUGCUUUUGGAUUAUAGUUUUCCAUUGAAAAUGAUAUGUUGGGUGAAGAUGUUAGGUGAGGUCUUGAUAGGAUAAGAUUUAUGUGUUUGUAUUAGAAUGCAUGUCCAAAUGUGAACAGUUUUGACCUCAUGAUAAUUCAACAUUUUUUGUCUAUCAAGACCUCAUAUGAUAAUUCAAUUAUUUGCUUCUUGAA